AUGUCGAACCGAGGAACGAAGAAGAAUGUCGUACCAUCACAAAUCUGUGACAUGGACUUCAAGAUGGUCAAAGAGAUCAGAAACGAAAAACCAACUUCCAAGAAAGUAUGCCUUCGCCGGAAGCCUCUUGUUCGGGGAAGGCAAGUCAGGAGAAGGCAAGUUGAAGUAGAAGACAGACUGCGGCAAGUCAAAGAUAAAACAGCAGCAAUAGCGGCGAGGAACAAAGUAAUCGGAAUACUACAGAACGCAAACCUUCCGCCUAAAAACAUCACAAAAGCUGAACAGAAUGCUCUAAAAGACCUUCGCAACGACGAUACAAUUGUUAUUUUGCCCGCCGAUAAAGGCAAAGCGACUGUGAUACUGAAUCGUGACGAUUACGACAACAAGAUGGAGUCCAUCCUUCAAGACCGCUCCCAUUUCAGCGAACUAUCGGGUGACCCAACAGCUGCAUCUGAGAGAAAGAUUGUUGCCGCGCUCAGGAAACUCAGAACUAAGAAACUAAUUACGGACAGUCUGUACUGGAAACUUUUCACCUCCGACGGAGCGACACCGAAGAUAUAUGGCCUACCGAAAGUUCACAAGAACAAUUGUCCUCUGCGCCCCAUUGUGUCCUUCAUAGGUGCACCGUCCUAUAACGUGUCUAAAUUCCUGGCUGAACUGUUGGCACCUUUAAUGUACAAGAACGACCGGUCGGUGAAGAACUCUGCGGAAUUUUGUGAGCUCAUCCGUGACAUCCGCAUAGACGAUGGCGACGUCAUGAUGUCUUUUGAUGUCAUCUCCCUGUUUACAAACGUGCCCAUUGACGUAGCUCUGUCCGUAGUUCGAACGAAGCUGAGAGCUGACGUUGACUUAGAAGACCGCACUGAUCUUUCAGUUGAAGACAUUUUAGAACUUUUAAAGUUAUGCCUCAGACAAACCUUCUUCCAAUUCAAGAACAGGUUCUUUAAACAAACCGACGGAUGCCCCAUGGGCAGCCCAAUUUCAACGACCAUUGCCAAAUUAGUCAUGGAGUUUGUUGAAGACAAGGCCUUAGAGGACGCAGGACAAUUCAUCACCUUUUACAGACGUUAUGUUGACGACAAAUUUGUGAUUAUUAAGAAGAAUUUCACCAACACAUUCUUUGACAAGCUGAACAGCAUUCAUCCUAACAUCCAGUUCACGUGCGAGGAGGAGAAAGAGAAAAAGAUCGCCUUUUUGGAUGUCCUCGUGCAAAGAGACCCGUGCGGAAACUUGAAGACCUCGGUUUACAGAAAACCGUGCGACACAGAUGCUAAGGUCUUGAAGAUGCUGCCUUUAAGAUAUAUUGAUGAAGAGGAUACGGACACUGCAUUGGAAGCAGACGACAGCCCUGAAUUACUGCCACUUCCCCUUACGAACGUUUACAAUGAGAGCAAUGAGCGAUGUUACACAUGCGACCAUUGUUGUGAACUCUACCAGAUCUCUGUCUACAGCCAAAAGAUGGGCAUCUCCGCGAAGCUGAGGGACGAACUCUUGGAAUUGCUACAAGCCAUGGUGAUGUUUAAAUCCGGCCCACCAGGCUUUCUGCUGCUACAGCCUCAACCUACGCCGAUCUGGCUGCAGUUGGGAAAAGGGGAAAACACAAAGCUGAACGAUGAUGCUUCCGAUGCGGAAAGCAAUACCACGGGGCGCAAGAUUCUAGAAGUAGCUCCUGACUACGUUGUGCACAUUGUAACGGCAGGCACCUAA